AUGUCUUUGGCACGCGUCGGACUAGGGACACUGCCAAAGGGAAUACGACACAGAUGCGCAAGCACCACCCCACAUAGAGCCUUCGCAGGCCCGAGAGCCUACUCUGACUGCAAUUCUGCCACUAAAGUCGCGGCCGUGGAGAGCCAGGGGAGCGACACAAACGAGGGUUGGCUAUUUGUUGAUUCCGUCUUCCCCGUUCGUCUGGGCACUUGGGAUAUACGUCGAUAUAUAGGCUACUUUCGUCAAGAAGAACUUCUAGAACGCGUACAUUCCCUACUCUCAGAUGUCAAAACACACGACUUCCGUGUAGUCUCCCUAGACCCACAUGACAAGGACGGCGGCGUCUUCGUGCACUUCAGAUAUCGUGGCGGCGAACAAGACUCUGCAUUACAAGCAAUUAUCGAGAGCUUGCGUGGUAAUGUGCUUAAGGCUGGAGGUGUGCCUUCCUGGGCUGGAAUCUCGAGGGGUGACGUCUGGUUAGUGAAAGGCAGGCCAUGGCGCGAGGACAUGAACAGAUAUGCUUCGCCUAUAUUGAAGGUUGCCUUUGACGGUCCGGAUGUGCCCGAAGAGACCCUCUACAAUAUUCUUCGCCCUUAUGGCCGCAUACAAGACCUAACACAGCCCUCUCCGUCUUCCAUUUCCGGAGGACUUCGAUUUUCCACUGUGACCUUCAUGCGCGUUCGUUCAGCAACAGUAGCUCGCAACGCCAUUCAUGGCGCACAUAUUUCUCCUACUGGCACGACACUGCGGACGAUGUACGAGGCACCAGUACAAGCACACGUCUUCAGAGACUAUAUCGCUAGUCAUCCCCGUAUCUUUCUACCCGUAUUGUUCUUCCUGCUUGGUACCCUUACCUACACGAUCUUUGAUCCAGUCCGUGUUUUUAUGGUCGAAGGCAAGCUUGAGGGUUGGUUCAACAUCCGCGAGUUCCAGCUUUAUAAAUGGCUCCGUCACACUGCACUCGACAAAUUAUAUCUAACAUCAAACUCGGAAGAUGGUGAGCCUACGAUCACACCUGCUGAAGAUGUCUGGAGAGAACGUCGGGAGGCGGAGAGCGCGCUAGAACGAUACCUCACCGAUCUUCCUACUACAAUAACUUUCCUCCAUGGCCCACAGGGCAGUGGAAAAUCCCGCAUGAUUGCGGCAGCACUGAAAGACACGGGCCGGAAGUCACUAGUUAUUGACGUUGCCGAGAUUUCCAAGGCAAGUUCUGACAUGACACUUGUAUCAAAGCUUGCGCAAGAAACCGGAUACUGGCCUGUGUUCUCUGUAUUCAAUUCGCUCAACAACCUCAUUGAUCUCGCGAGCGUUGGGUUGAUCGGCCAGAAAGCUGGCCUAAGUUCCUCACUCACUGACCAGCUUAAACAAGUGCUGGAAGUCGUUGGCACAGGUCUCGCACGAGUGAACACCACACAUCACAAGCGGCACGAGCGCUCUUUAAAGCAAGCACAGCUGGAUGAGCUCAAACGCAAGGAGGAUGCUCGACGGCGACAAUUGAUCCGCGAGGGACGAUGGCAUGACGGGCGGUUGGAUUGCGUGGCGGGAAACGGCGUCAUGAGCGAACUUGGCAUCGGCGACGAAAGAUUCGACGAUAUAGAUGUUAUUGAGGUUAGUGCUUUGAGCGCUGAUGGCGGGGAAAGGUCCGAAAAAAAUGACGUCGGAAAGAAAGUGGACGAGAAGCUCCCCGGUGCGGAGGACAUGCAAACCAUAGAGGCAAUGCCAAUAGUUAUCAUCAAGGGGUUCGAGUCGAAGGGGGGAGGCGCAAAGAGGCAGGAGAUGCUGGAUGUACUUGCUAAUUGGGCUGCAACUCUGGCGCAGAAUAAGGUUGCGCAUGUUGUGGUUGUGAGCGAUAACCGCGAGAACGCGAAGAGAUUGGCUCAAGCACUUCCGUCGCAGCCACUCAAUCUUAUCUCUCUCUCCGACGCAGACAGAUCAAGUGCACUAUCCUUUGUGAAACAAAAACUUCGCGAUGCCGGUGUAGACAUCAACUUCAAUGCGCAGCAAAGAUCUCACGUUGAACGUCUCGGCGGCAGGGCGAGCGAUCUCGAAACUCUAGUUCACAAAGUCAGAAGUGGUCAGGGCGUCGAGGAUGCCGUUGAGGACAUCAUAACUCGCGGAGUCAGCGAGAUUCGCAAGAAUGCGUUCGGCGAUGAUCUAGAGGAUGCAAAGAGUUUACUCUGGACUCGAGAGCAGGCUUGGAUACUGAUGAAAAAGUUGUCGAAGCAGCCGGAGAUCUCCUACUACGACGCACUCUUGGAUUUCCCCUUUAAGAAUGACGAGACUGCUCUACGGCACAUGGAGCACGCGGAGCUUAUUGCAAUUGGCACUGAAAACGGACGGCCUUCGACAAUCAAACCUGGAAAACCAGUGUAUAAGUUUGUCUUUGAGCGGUUGGUUCAAGAUGCUGUUUUCCGAGCCAUCCAGGAUAUAGCAUUUAAUGAGAAAAUAAUUGCUGCCUCCGAAAGCACUGUCAAAUCUUGCGAGCAAGAGCUUCUCACCUUGAAAGAUGUCGACGCAGGGACCGCUGACUGGUGGGGCUCGCGAACGGCUGUCAGGGAGCGCAGUAACUACCUACUCAAGAAGAUGCGCCUAGCGGAAGAGAAAGUCGAGCUCUUGGAGAAGCAAAACGCAAAUUUGAAGAAGAUACUGUCAAAAUAA